GAGCAUGCGCAGAACUUCCCCGGCGGAGAUCCCUAUGGCAGCGGCGUCGCGGUGGGCUGGUUCUAGGUUCUGUUAUUCCAGCCGGGCCGCCUACACGGCCGGACCCACGGCUGCCUCUCGGGCAUGAGCGGUGCCUACUGCCCUAGCCUACUACCCUAUCUGCCGCUGCAGCCGCAUCCCGACUGUGGGCCCGCGCCAGGAACAUGCCCCUGGCCGCCUACUGCUACGUGAGGGUCGUGGGAAGGGGCAGCUACGGGGAGGUGACGCUCGUGAAGCAUCGGCGGGAUGGCAGGCAGUAUGUCAUCAAAAAACUGAACCUCCGAAACGCAUCCAGCCGAGAGCGGCGAGCUGCAGAACAGGAAGCUCAGCUCUUGUCUCAGCUGAAGCACCCCAACAUUGUCACUUACAAGGAGUCAUGGGAGGGAGGAGAUGGCCUGCUUUACAUCGUCAUGGGCUUCUGUGAAGGAGGUGAUCUAUACCGGAAGCUCAAGGACCAGAAAGGGCAGCUUCUGCCUGAGCGUCAAGUGGUAGAGUGGUUUGUACAGAUUGCCAUGGCUUUGCAGUAUUUGCAUGAAAAACAUAUCCUUCAUCGAGAUUUGAAAACUCAGAAUGUCUUCCUAACAAGAACACAUAUCAUCAAAGUGGGUGACCUAGGAAUUGCCCGAGUGCUGGAGAACCACUGCGACAUGGCAAGCACCCUCAUUGGCACACCCUAUUACAUGAGCCCUGAACUAUUCUCAAACAAACCCUACAACUACAAGUCUGAUGUUUGGGCUUUGGGAUGCUGUGUCUAUGAAAUGGCCACUCUGAAACAUGCCUUCAAUGCAAAAGACAUGAAUUCUUUAGUUUAUCGGAUUAUUGAAGGAAAGCUACCACCAAUGCCAAGAGCUUAUAGCCCAGAGCUGGCAGAACUGAUAAAAACAAUGCUGAGCAAAAGGCCUGAAGAAAGACCUUCUGUGAGGAGCAUCCUGCGGCUGCCUUAUAUAAAACACCAAAUUUCCUUGUUUUUGGAGGCCACAAAGGCAAAAACCUCCAAAACUAACAUUAAAAAUGGUGACUCCAAAUCCAAGUCUUUUGCCAUAGUGGCUCCCAGAAAGACAGAAUCAAAUCAUGAAGCAGUCCACGCGCAACCAUACUCUUCUGAGGGCUCCCAGGCAAUAAUGAGUGAAGAUAAAUGUUUUUCCCAGGAGAAACCCAUCAUCAUUGGCCCCUUGAAGUUACCUGAUGUUCCAAAAGACCACCCUAGCAAACCAGACAUGAGCAAUACCGCAGAGUCACUAGCUACCAUCAGUAGGGUAAAUAUUGAUAUCUUACCUGCAGAAAGGAGGGAUUCAGUGAACAGUGACUUAGUUCAGAAGAUUCAUCCAGGACACUUAGAUGCCUCUAAUGAGCUGGAAGAUAAAUGCAACGUUUCCCAAGUGAAAGACGAGAGUCUGCAGGUUGACAGUGCCCAGCCUGAAAACUUGAUUCCCACACAGACCUCUGAUGAUGGUAGUGGGGAAGGGACGGAAGCAGCGAAGCCAUUACAGCCUCUGAGCAGAGAUCAAAACCCAGAGGACCAGGAGCAAGUUGCUGGUGAAGGCAUUAUAGAAAAGCAGGGCAGAAUCCAGCCAAGUUUACAACCACACAGCUCUGGAUCUGAACCUUCCCUGUCUCGACAGCGACGACAGAAGAAAAGAGAACAGGCUGAGCACAGUGGGGAGAAGAGCUACGUCAGCAGGUGUCUCCUUGCAUUCCCACAGGCAUCCCCUCAACUUUUGCCUUCUCAUCCCACUGCUGGAAAAGUGGAUUCCACAUCAGCACAACAGAAUGCUGAAUGCCAAAGUAGCACGGUCACUGGGUCUAUGGGCAGUCCAAGGAGCAGUGGGAUAUCAUCAUCAAAGGAUCGACCAUUAUCAGCCAGAGAGAGAAGGCGACUAAAGCAGUCACGGGAAGAGAUGUUCCCCUCACUCGAAGGCCCUUCAGUGAGGAGAACUUCUCUGAGUGCAGUGGGACCGGGGAAACUGCAGGAGGAAGGCCAUUCCCUCCCUGCCCGACGGUUCUCUUCUGACUACAGCAUAACUCAGGAAAGGAAACUGAUUAAUUGUCUGUCUGAGGAUGAGCUAAGUUCUUCUACCAGUUCAACUGAUAAAUCAGAUGGGGAUUCCAGAGAUGGGAAAAGUCAUACAAAUGAAAUAAGUGACUUGAUGCAAUUAAUGACUCAAACCCUUAAACUGGACUCAAAAGAGAGCUGUGAAGAUCUCCCAGUACCAACUCCGGGGGCAGAAUUCAGACUUCAUCGGAAGUAUCGGGACACGCUGGUACUUCAUGGAAAAGUUGCAGAAGAGUCAGAGGAACUGCGUUUUAAAGAACUGCCUUCAGCUGUCAUGCCAGGUUCUGAAAAGAUCAAGAGAAUACUUGAAGUCUUGAGAGCUGAUGUCAUCCAGGGCCUCGGGGUUCAGCUUUUAGAGCAGGUAUAUGAUCUUUUAGAAGAGGAGGACGAAAUGGAGAGAGAGGUACGUUUACGGGAGCACAUGGGUGACAAAUACACAGCUUACAGUGUGAAAGCUCGCCAGUUGAAAUUUUUUGAAGAACAUGUGAAUUUUUGAAUUUGUUAGAACUAGACCUAUUUUCAAAGGUUUUUGGCUUAAAAAACAAACCAUGGAAGAGUUGUUUAGAGGCCAUUCACCAUCCUUUUAUAUGUCUCUCUGGAGUUUUCAUACUUGAAAAAAUUAGACAGAACAGAGUAAUAUGAGCCUAGUUCACAAAAGAAAAAAUCUUUGGGUUUCAUAUUCUCUUUAUGAGGAAAAAUGUUACAUUUGUUUGGUCACUGGUUUCUGAGCCUUAAAGCAUCAACUUUAUAUCUAGAGCUUUAUUUUUUUAAGAUAUUACCUUGAAAGCAGGGCCAUAAAGCACUGGGUUGGAACUUUUAUAUGUACUACAGUGAUAAAGGCUACAGGAGAAAUAAAGACAUAGUAUGUGUAGUGAUGUUUUCUGCCAACCUUCAGGAGUAGUUAAUAUUUUUAAAAGUUAAUUCAUAAAAAAAAGUUAAUUCAUUAUUCUGGAAAGAUUUAAAGAAUAUGAGCUUCUGUGUGGUAUACGGGCAAAUGAUUCCUUUUUUUUACACAUUGAUGGGCUUUCAAUAUUUUGUUUUCAUUUAAUAUGUACCUCAUUUAGGGUAUAUAGGAAUUGAAGUUAAAGUAUUUUGGUUUUGUAUCAUGUUUUUCCAUUAUUAGUUUUGUUAGAUUCAUUUUCCCAUCAGCAAAAACAACUCAAACACUAAUUCCUUUUCCAGUGAAGCAAUUUGUAAGUAGAACCCAGAUCCUUUUAGUUAUACUGGAUAUAUGUAAUAUUUGUCUCAUGAAAUUUGUCUUCAUGUUCAUCAUGAUAGUGUUGUUCCCUAAAAGAGUUUGUAUCACAUAUUUUAUUAGUUUAAUUAAAGAAAUAAUUCUUA